UAAUGAGCAAACCAAGAUCGUUUCACAAAAUGCAUAAACACAACCAAAUGAUCAAAUACAAUAUGAACUAGAAUAUAACAAGAGGAGAUGCAUCAGUGCAUCACCUGCUUCAUGCACAACAAUCAUUCCUUCAAAAGCAGUAGCAGCAACACAGCUAUUCAACACAAAUAAUCCGAGCUCCAAAACUUCAAGCAGCUAUUCAACACAAACUCCAAAAAAACGAAGCAAAACCAAGACUCAAUCAUAGAGUGGACUAAUCUCCAUUAGUUGACACUCAAGAAGGGGAGAACCGGAGAACUAUAACAGGCAUUCUGCUGCACACAUUAUACACGCCUAAUGUUUUUUUUUUUUCCUUCCUCGUUUAGAUCUUCCUUUUCGGCUUUCCCCUUUAAAAUCCGACCCGACCGGGUUGGGUAACCCGGGUAUUUUUUUAGUACUGGGGUCGUACGACAGAACACCUGAGAGAGUAGAAGAACACCCAAACGCUGAACACGCUUGGAAUCAUUCCCAGUUUCAGAGAAGGUAACGCCAACGUUAUAGUACUCUCUUCCUGCAAUUUGGGUUAACCUUCCUCCCAACCUCAACAACACCCACUUCAUUCUUCAAGUUCUUGUCUUUCAUUGGCGGUAAAUGUCAAGCAUCAUGGUAAAGCUGGAGCAAACCAUGGUGUUCUUUUCCUAUUAGAUCUGUGAACUUGGGCAUUUUGUUUAGCUUUUGAUUAGAAGCAUCUGGGGAAUUUGAGUGGGGUCUUUUGCCAUGUCUCAUUCCAAGAAUGGUGCUAAUAAGCCCGGCAACCGAAACCUUCCUUCAUGGAUGAGUUCAAGAGACAAUGAGAGUGAGUCUCCUGAAAAGAAACCAAAUGGGGAUGGGGCUGGUGAAGGUGAGGAAAGGAAGCCCACGCAAGGGAGAGGGCGGGGAAGCAGCAAGAAUUCUGGUGCAUCCAGCUCGGGAACAACAAAUGUGUCCAAACUUCUGGAAGGGGUUGUGUUUGUACUAUCUGGUUUUGUUAAUCCUGAGCGCAGCAUUUUACGGUCACAGGCGUUGGAAAUGGGAGCAGAAUAUCAGCCUGAUUGGAGUUCAGAUUGCACUCUCUUGGUUUGUGCGUUUUCAAACACCCCUAAGUUUCGACAAGUUGAGGCAGAUUGUGGAACUAUUGUUUCAAAGGAAUGGAUAUCAGAGUGUUACACGCAGAAGAAGCUUGUUGAUAUAGAAAGUUACCUUAUGCAUGCUGGGAAACCCUGGCGUAAAAGCAGUGUUUCCCAGGACAACAGGCAAGACCAGAGAUUAUCCCGGCCUAGUAGAUCUAAAAAGCAGGAUGGAGAUUCUCCUUCAAAACCAACUGCCUCUGCAACUUUAAAGCGUGUCAAAGCUGCUGACUCUGUUAGAGAGUGCUUUUCUCCAUCUGAAGUGAAGAAGUGGGCAGUCGAUGAUUUGAAGAAGACAAUAUCAUGGCUGGAGAGUCAAGAAGAAAAGCCAGACCCAGAUGAGAUAAAGCAGAUAGCAGCUGAAGGGAUUUUAACUUGUUUACAAGAUGCUAUAGCUUCUCUGGAACAAAAACAGGAUGUCCAGCAGAUAACUGAACAAUGGAAUUUCAUUCCUCAUGUAGUUGAGGAGCUUGCAAAGCUCGAAAGCACAGGAAAUAACUCUCUGGCCAUAUCAAAGGAAGAUCUUUGCAGACAGGCUAUGGACUGUAAACGAAUUUAUGAGGUAGAACUUCAUAAUUUGGAUGAUGAUUCUUCAAGGAAGAAAAAACGAAAGACUGGAAAACAAGAGAAGGACAAAGGGGAAACUGAAGCACUAUGCAGCGGUGCAGCAGGAUAUGACAGUGAUGAAACACUUGAGAUGACAGAAGAGGAAAUCGAUCUUGCAUAUAAUACUAUAGCUUCCAAGAUCUCUAAUACAGAGUGAUCUCUAUCUCAUGUACAUGUCUAGAUGAUUGACAGUAAAAUCUUGUUUGCUUUAGAAAUUUUUUUUGGGUUCUUUCCCGUAUGCCCAAAAACACUCAGUAAAGGAAAAGACUAAUAGGGGUAGUCUUUUUAAGAAUGAUGCCUAAUGUAUCCUAUGC